AAAAGGCUAGAUCAGGUAUGUUAUAUAGAAUAUGAAAAGGCUAAUCAGGUAUGUUAUAUAGAAUAUAAAAAGGCUAGAUCAGGUAUGUUAUAUAAAAUAUGAAAAGGCAAAAUUAGGUAUGUUAUAGACAAUAUAAAAAGGCUAAAACAGGUAUGUCAUAUAGAUUAUGAAAAGGCAAAAUCCAUUUUGUUAAAAUCAAUACAGUUUCGAAAUAAGUGCAAGUCCGAGGCCCGAGGCCAAUAAAUUUAACAUCGGUCAGAUGAUUAUUGCAAGGUUGGUGGUCCGACGGGCCAGUAGAUUUUUGGUCUUGAAAAAGUACCAUUAGAAAAAAAUCAUCAAAAUAUUGUGGCAGGGUUCUCAAAAAGAUCAAUUUAAAAAGGCAAAAUCAGGUAUGUAAAUGCAUAGAAUAUGAAAAGGCUAAAUCAGGUAUGUUAAUAUAUAGAAUAUGAAAAGGCUAAACCAGGUAUGAAAUAUAGAGUAACAAAAGGCUAAAACAGGUAUGCUUCAUUAUCCAUAUAGCAAAAGGCUAUAUCAGGAAUGUUAUAUAGAAUAUGGAAAGGCUAAAUCAGGUAUGAUAUAUAAUAUGGAAAGGCUAAAUCAGGUAUGAUAUAUAAUAUGAAAAGGCUAGAUCAGCUAUGUUAUAUAAGGUAAAGAAAGGCUUAAUCAAGUAUGCUUCAUAGAGUAACAAAAGGCAAAAUCAGGUAUGAUAUAUAAAAUAUGAAAAAGCUAUAACAGGUAUGUAAUAUAUAGGGCUUUAGCUGUGGGGCGACUUGGGCGAUGAAGUCGCUUUCGGAUCAGCGACUUCGUAUAAAACAAGUUUUAAAGCGAUUUUGAAGACGCCCGAUUUUUAGCUCACCUGACCACGAAGUGGUCAAGGUGAGGUAUAGUGAUGGGGCUAUGUCCGGCGUCCGUCGUCGUGCGUUUGCGUUGUGCGUCGUGCGUCGUUCGUCGUCAACAAUUGGGUUGUUAACAGUCUAGCAGUCACAGUUUUGAUUGGAUCAUGGUCAGAAUGUUUGCCUCAAUUAAAUAGAGAUCGAGUUCAAAGAUGGGUCAUCUCCGGUCAAAAACUAGGUCACAGGAGCUAAAAAUAGAAAAAGCUUGUUAACACUCUACUGGCUGCAGUUUUGAUCCAAAUAUUCUGAAAAUUUGUCAUGAAGGUUGUUUUGAUAAUUUCUAGAUCAAGUUUGAAGAUGGGUCAUCUCCAGUCAAAAACUAGGUGACAGAAGCUGAAAAUAGAAAAAUCUUUAUAACACUGUAGUGGCUCCAAUUUUGAUUCAAAUAUUCUGGAAAUUUGUCAGAAAGGUUGUUUUGAUGAUUUCUAGGUCAAGUUCGAAUAUGGGUCGUCUCCAGUCAAAAAUUAGGUGGCAUUGCCCAAAUAUGGAAAACUUUUUUAACACACUAGAGUUAUUUUUUUUUAACUCAAUUGUCAUCAAACUUUGCCAGGAUGCUUGUCUAAGACAUUGCUUGGAUGCGGUUGAUGGGUCAGGGGAGCGAUCCAGGGCCAUCAUGGCCCUCUUGUUUAAUGAUCUGUCAUACCUAUUUACGACACUGGGUAUGUUAACAAUUUGUUUACCUCUCAAUUACAACAAAUUACAUUUUAUCUGCUAGUUAAGAACGCGUGUCAACAUAAACAAAGUCUAAUCUAUGUAUAUAUAUCACUAUGUAUAUCUUUCCCAUUAUGUGUUCAUGCGACACAUUAACAUACUGAGGCUGUUUGUUGACAAUUACACAAAAUGGCGACAGCUUCAAUCAAUUUUCACCGAUUGCAUGAUUAAAGACACCUGCAUAUACAUAAUUGUUGAUAAUUGUUGCGGAGUUUUUGCGAGUAAAGAUAAACAAUCUUAAAUGUGUGGUUAUUUCGAAAACUCGAUUGUUAAAAACUUUCAGAGCACUAAUCUGUAGAAAUCAUGUGAUGUUUGUAUAUAUUGAACUCCGUAAAGUAAACAUGCUAACUAUACAAAAUUAAAUGUCUCUAAAAAUUAAAUGUCUCUAUCAUUCUGGCUUGUGGACAAAUCGGUAAACAAAAAUUAUUGACGAUGACCAGUCCGAUUCAAUGCCAAUAUGGCAAGUGGCACUGCUUUACCUGCCCUGAAUAUUGUUACCAACUAAACAUACUCAGUAUUUCUACAUGUAUACAGUUUAUGUAAAUAUUGUGCUUGCUAUUGGUAUACAUUUAUGAAAAGCAGAUUUAUAGUAGAAUUGUUUUAUUUGAGAGGUGUUUAUUUUAUUUCUGGUUUGUAAAGUUUCCUAGCUUAUAGUUCUCCACAUGACGCCUAAUAUGUCCCCAAUUUCUCCCUUCUCCCUAAACCAGCUGGAGGAAGAAGUCACUAUUUGACCUAGCUCAAGCUCUUUUAAAAUAUGAAAAGGCUUAAUCAGGUAUGCUUCAUAUAAUAUUAUAAGACUAAAAUAGGUAAAUUUUGCCCUAAUUGUGAUAAUUAUGUCUCCCCCACCUCGGGGGGAGACAUAUUGUUUUUGCCCUGUCCGUCCGUCCGUCCGUCAGUCCGUCCGUCCGUCCGUCCGUCAGUCAGUCCGUCCGUCCAUUCUUCGUUUCCGGACGAUAACUAGAGUUCCUUUUGACCUACAGCUCUCAAACUUCAUAGGAUGAAUGGUCUUAUUGAGCAGAUGAUCCCUAUUGUUUUUGGGGUCAGUAGUUCAAAGGUCAAGGUCACAGUGACCGUUGGUCAAUUUCUCGUUUCCGGAUGAUAACUAGAGUUCCUUUUGACCUACAGCCCUCAAACUUCAUAGGAUGAUUGGUCUUAUAGAGCUGAUGAUCCCUAUUGUUUUUGGGGUCAGUAGGUCAAAGGUCAAGGUCACACUGACCGUUGGUCAAUUUCUCGUUUCCGGAUGAUAACUAGAGUUCCUUUAGACCUACAGACCUCAAACUUCAUAGGAUGAUUGGUCUUAUUGAGCAGAUGAUCCCUAUUGUUUUUGGGGUCAGUAGUUCAAAGGUCAAGGUCACAGUGACCGUUGGUCAAUUUCUCGUUUCCGGAUGAUAACUAGAGUUCCUUUUGACCUACAGCCCUCAAACUUCAUAGGAUGAUUGGUCUUAUAGAGCAGAUGAUCCCUAUUGUUUUUGGGGUCAGUAGGUCAAAGGUCAAGGUCACAGUGACCGUUGGUCAAUUUCUCGUUUCCGGUUGAUAACUAGAGUUCCUUUUGACCUACAGCUCUCAAACUUCAUAGGAUGAUUGGUCUUAUAGAGCUGAUGAUCCCUAUUGUUUUUGGGGUCAGUAGGUCAAAGGUCAAGGUCACACUGACCGUUGGUCAAUUUCUCGUUUCCGGAUGAUAACUAGAGUUCCUUUAGACCUACAGACCUCAAACUUCAUAGGAUGAUUGGUCUUAUUGAGCAGAUGAUCCCUAUUGUUUUUUGGGGUCAGUAGUUCAAAGGUCAAGGUCACAGUGACCGUUGGUCAAUUUCUCGUUUCCGGAUGAUAACUAGAGUUCCUUUUGACCUACAGCCCUCAAACUUCAUAGGAUGAUUGGUCUUAUAGAGCUGAUGAUCCCUAUUGUUUUUGGGGUCAGUAGGUCAAAGGUCAAGGUCACACUGACCGUUGGUCAAUUUCUCGUUUCCGGAUGAUAACUAGAGUUCCUUUAGACCUACAGACCUCAAACUUCAUAGGAUGAUUGGUCUUAUUGAGCAGAUGAUCCCUAUUGUUUUUGGGGUCAGUAGUUCAAAGGUCAAGGUCACAGUGACCGUUGGUCAAUUUCUCGUUUCCGGAUGAUAACUAGAGUUCCUUUUGACCUACAGCCCUCAAACUUCAUAGGAUGAUUGGUCUUAUAGAGCAGAUGAUCCCUAUUGUUUUUGGGGUCAGUAGGUCAAAGGUCAAGGUCACAGUGACCGUUGGUCAAUUUCUCCAUUUCCAUUCCUGUUUCCAUUCACAGUUAUUCUCAGCAGUGGGGGAGACAUGCGCUUUUUUACAAAAGCAUCCUCUAGUUUUAACAUAUAAUAUUGUACAUAUAAUUUAUUCAUUUACAAAACAACACUUACUACAAAAUCAUCAUUUCAAUGUCAGAAAACUCUCCAGUUUGUGAGGGAAUCUUGUUAUGUUAAGAUAAUUUGUGAGUUUUGCUGAUUUUAUUGGCUGCUCAAUAAAUUUCAGGUUGUCGCACUCAAUUGAUAGACCAUUAUCGCAGUGAUGUACUUAAAGUAUCAGCAAUACCUUUACAGCCAGAUGAGGAAAAUUAUAACUUCAGUGACGUUUAUAUAACACCCACUAUAACAAUCAAGAUAGAAAAGAACAGAGGGGAGUCUGAGGAAAAAGAAAUAGAGUCCAUGUCAGAGAUUUUCACAAAGAACGGGGAGCCACAGAAAUUUAUUUAUGUUGUUGGAGAUGCAGGGUCUGGUAAGAGUAGUUUCUGUAAAUAUUUGAUCAACUGUUGGUGUAUGGCACACAGUGAUGGGCACAAUGAAGAUGAUGAGUUAGAAGGAGUCAAGGAAAUGCAGAAAUUUGAUUUCAUGUUUUAUAUUUCUCUUAGACAUGACAGAAAAAGGCAAAGUAUCCAAGAAAUGCUUGAAAUGCGAUAUGAUAAGAUAAAAAUGUUAAGCAAACUUCUGGAAAAUGAUUCUGAAAAGAUAAUUAUUUUGCUUGAUGGUUUAGAUGAGUGGUCUUUUGACAGUGGGACUAGGAAUGAGUUCCAGGCAGGCCUUCCGGAACGUGACUUUACAAAGAAAUACACCAUUGUUACUACAUCACGGCCAUGGAAAAUUCACAGUUUGAGAGUAAGUAAUAGAGAGAUUCAUCAAUUAUUGAAAUUAAAAGGGUUUGAUGAAACACAUGAACAAGAAAUGAUUAAAAAAACAAUAACAGCAUUGAACGAAUCAUUAGAUCCUAGUGAGUGUGAACAAAAGCUUAAGGUACAGUCUCUUGUUGGCCUGAAACAGGUACCGAUUAUGCUGCAGCAAUUGGUUUGUCUAUGGUGUGAUGGUAAACUAGAUAAAACCUCAAGGUGUGCUACUUAUACUGGUAUGUUAGAACUUUAUUUCACCUGGAAUAUCAAUAAAACUUUAGGAAAUAAUACAGAAUGUAUGGAAAGUUCUCAGAAUAUUGAACUCCCUCAGUAUUUAACAGAUCUAGAGAUAUGCAGAUUAAAUGGUCAUCUUAUAUAUGGCGUGUCGCACCUGGCUUAUGAGACAUUGUUCAAUUAUCCGAAGGAUAAGUCCUUAACAUUUGACAAAUCUGUGUUUGAUGAUUUGAAAAUAUCACAAAAAGUGCGAGAAACAUGUCUGAAACUGGGAAUUUUAACAGAAGAUAAAUGUCCUUCUUUAUCUGUAUCUAAACCUAAAUGCUCAUCUAUCUCUUUCAUUCACAAAUCAAUGCAAGAAUUUCUGGCUGCAGUGUAUAUUGGUAUCACAUUCAAUGCAACAAAUGGUUUGUCAGAUAGUACAGGAAAUGUUGAAUUUGCCAAAAAGUUUGUGAAUGAGGUUUUUCAGAAAUGUUCAACAGUAAAUGACCUAUUAGAACAGUCAAAUGUCAUCAUUAUGCUAUGUGGUCUAGAGCCUAGAUUAGCAACACAUGUUUCAAAAUACAUAUAUGAUACUGUGUCAGAGGACUCUUGUGUUCAGGAGUACAGAAAAACAGUAUGGCGUAGAGAACCAUAUUUUAUUGAUUCUGUUCAAAAGUUUAUGUUAGAGUCAAUGGAAGAAUUAAAUGCAUCAUGUAGUAUAGGAAGUAAUACUGUAUUUUAUAUAAGAGAUUUGGUCAUUGAUAGUCCUCAGUAUUGUAAUAUUGUUUGUUCAGCUAUUGAUCAGAAACAAAUUGUUCCUGACUCUGUUUUGUCUAUUAAGGUAGAAAAAUUCAACUCACACAAUUUUAAAUUUACAAAAUAUUUACCAAUGUUUCAUCACCUUGAAAAAAUUACAAUAGAUUAUGGAUAUGAAUCACAAAGUCGUAGUACAAAGAGUAAUGAACAGAUGAUUGGUGAGAUAAAGAAAUGUGUUUGUGAGACAAUUAAAGUAAACACUUUAACAUUAAAAUCUCUGACUCUUAAAGUCUAUCCAAAUGGCAAGCGGUAUAACCCGAUGUAUAAAAAAGUUGUUAGGAACUUACCUAGUAUGAUCAAUCUUGUAGCAAUAUGUAUGUAUUAUAUAAGAAUGAGUCAUGAUGAUACUACUACAUUUUGUAAUUUUCUUGAGAGAACCUGUCAUCUUGAACAAAUAUAUCUUCAUGAAUUUGAAUGUAAGUGCAAGAAGCUGCAUGAUGUAAAUUUAUCAAAAUUUCAACAACUUCAGCACCUUUAUUUGUAUAAAGCUGUUAGUGUAAUAGAUGCUGAUAAUACAAACCUUGAACAAUUUGUAUUUAUAAAUUUGAAAGAUAGCAAUUAUGAGAAAAUAUUAAAUAUUAUUACAAAAGCUUACAAAUUAAAAGAACUUCAAUUGGAUAGAAAUUAUAACAAUAUAUCUCCUUUAAAUCAUACCAACAUAACAAAGAAACUAGUCAGAGCAUUACCAUUGUUACACAAUCUCAGUAAGCUUAGAUUAGAUCAAUGUACUUUAACUGACAAUAUAAUACAGUUACCUUUAGAGAUGAAGAGUUUAAAGUGCAUUGUGCUUGAUUGUGUCAUAAUGAGUUUGACAACAUGGCAGAAGUUUGUUGAUAGUCUUCCUGGUAUUCCUCAUACUGUAGAUGUAAAUCUAUGGUUAUGUGAUAUAACAGUACAUGGUGAGGAGUUUAAUGAUGAUAGGUUAACAUUGAGAUCACAAGGACUUAGAGGAGGGAAGGGAAAUGAUGCUAAUCAGUAUGUAAAAGAUAAAUAUCAGUUAUUUCAUGUUACACUUGAUACUUAUCGUUGUUUUAACUUUUCAACAAAAAAGUGAAAAAAGGUAUUAAAGCAUAGUAUUUAAUCUAAAUUAUAUCAUGUUAAAAGGCACACUAAUUGCUUUUAUAUUUUCAUGAAAAUGUGAUACUUAUGACAAGAAUUUGUUGUAAAGUUAGAGAAUAAUUAUUUCAUUACAAUAGAUAUAAAUCAUCCGAAAUAUUGAGAGGGUUUAUAUUGAUUUCUGGUCAUUUCAACAUUUUUUGAGUAUUUAAAUAAUAAA